AGAAGGGGGGAGGGAGGGAGAGAGAGAGAGAGGGCGAAGGAAAGAAAUGGGGAGGGGGAGAGUGGAGCUGAAGAGGAUCGAGAACAAGAUAAACCGGCAGGUGACGUUCAGCAAGCGGAGGAACGGGCUGCUGAAGAAGGCGUACGAGCUGUCGGUGCUCUGCGAUGUGGAGGUCGCCGCCAUCAUAUUCUCCAACCGCGGCAGGCUCUUUGAGUUCUGCAGCACCUCCAGUAUGCUCGAGACAAUUGAGAGGUACCAGAAGUGCAGCUAUAAUGCAUCAGACGCAAUAGUUCCUCCAAAGGAGACACAGGUUUCUCAGAACAGUUAUCAUGAAUAUUUGAAGCUGAAAGCUAGAGUUGAAUUUCUACAGCGUUCUCAAAGAAAUCUUCUUGGUGAAGACCUUGGUCCAUUAAGUGUAAAGGAGCUCGAGCAACUUGACAACCAAAUAGAGAUAUCUCUCAAGCACAUCAGAUCAACAAAGACCCAAUUAAUGCUUGAUCAGCUAUGUGAUGUUAAGCGCAAGGAACAAAUGUUGCAGGAAGCUAACAAAGCCUUGAGAAGAAAGCUGGAAGAAGGUACAAAUAAUCCCCUCCAACUUUCAUGGCAAAAUGGAGCAAAUGAUGUGGGGAAUGCCCCAUGUGGUGGUGAACCUCCUCAAUCGCAGGGAUUCUUUCAACCCCUGGGAUGUGAACCUUCUCUGCAAAUUGGAUACCAUCCAGUUUGUAUAGAUCAAUUGAACACUGAAGCCGCCGCCACCCAGAAUGUUAAUGGGUACUUUCCCUGGUGGAUUUGACGAGUUCUGGAACUUGAAAACUUUCUACCUCUACAGCUGAAAAUGCUACCUGAUCAAUUCUUCCUUCCUGUUUUUAUAUUUUACUCUGAUGUUCCUUUCCCUAAAAGUCUCAUAUGAAGAUAUGAUAAUAAUAGAUCUUGAGUCUUUGUAUCUGUAAAGUGAACCAAAAUAUGUUGCUAGAUGAAUGUGGAAUGGUACAAUAGUUUGUAUUGAAAUAAUAUUAUAUAGAAGUUAAUAAGAUACAUUAUGAUAAUAAUA